AUGCAUAAACGAUUGAUUUUUCCUGGUCCCAAUAAAGAAGUCAUUGAAUUAGAAGGAACAAAUUUCUUCUUUAAAAUUGAAACCUUACCACAACCUAAACACGCACGUGGUUUUUUUCUUUUAAAAGACUCUGAAGAAGAAUGUGACAUCCCAGAAGAAAUUAAAUGUGAAGACAAGACGAAUAAUAUCGAAAACAUAAAAAUGCCUU